AUGUGAAGACGUGUUAUCGUGCUUUUCCCUUUGAGUUAGGCGUGCUGGAAGAUCAUUAAUUGUAUCGUGUAAUUAUUCGACGAUAAGAAUGGGCGAUUCUGAAGAUAAAACAACUUAUGCAGUGUGUGCCAUAAUAGUAGCGGAGCUGGAAAAACAAAACGAAAACAAACGGCGUAGAAAGAGGGGGCCUACCAAAACUUGGAUAAAAAGACGAAAAGAUAAAGGGGCCUUCUUGAACUUAAAUCUAGAGUUGAGAGGCGAGGAUCCUACUUCAUACAGGAGGUGGCUUCGGCUAACAAAAAGCCAGUUUGAGCAUCUUUUGAAUGAAAUUUCCCCCAGAAUUCAGAAGCAAGAUACAAAUUUUGGGAAGCCAAUAUCUCCCGCUGAGAGACUGACUGUCACGCUCCGGUUUCUAGCUACAGGAAGUACAUUUAGAGACUUAUCUUGGGAAUUCAGAAUUGGCGCAAGAACGAUAUCUUACAUAGUCACGGAAACAUGUGCCGCUUUGUACGAGACCUUAAAAUAUACAUUUCAAGUGCCAACAUCGAAGGAACAUUGGAUGGCUAUUGCCAAGCACUUCCAAGAUCGGUGGAAUGUGCCCCAUUGUUUGGGAGCCAUUGAUGGAAAGCAUAUUGUGAUGAGGAAGCCCAUCAACAGUGGUUCUCAUUACCAUAAUUACAAAGGAACUGAAUCAAUUGUUCUUUUAGCAGUUGUGGAUGCAAAUUACACAUUUCGAUAUGUUGAUGUUGGCACACAAGGUAGGAUCAGCGAUGGAGGUGUGUGGAACAAAUGCAACUUAAAGGAGCUUAUAGAUGUAAAUGCUCUUGACAUACCUCCAGCUCAUCCGCUUCCAGGUCAAGACAUAGUCACACCAUAUGUCUUCUUAGCCGAUGAUGCUUUUGGCUUGAAACCGUAUAUCCUGAAACCUUAUGGUGGAAGUGAUUUGACUCUGGAAGAACGGAUAUGCAAUUACAGAAGAGAAAGCAGAGUUAAAAUAAGCUGGCAACAAGAGGGAGAGUCUGUAAUGAUUUUGGGUGGUUUUGGAUGGGGAGGUAAAACUGAUUUAGUAUUUGUUGACGAAAACAUGAACUCAGAAAAAUAUCAAGAAUUAUUGUAUAAUAAUAUGAUUACAUUUGGAGCAUUAAUUGCAGAUCAUAAAUGGAAGUUUCAACAAGCUAAUGCUCCCAUUCAUGCCUCAAUGCAAACAAAAUAUUCAUUUAAAAAAGAAAAUAUUGAUGUAAUUGACUGGCCUUCCAGAUUUGACUGUUAG